UCCGGCCGCGAGAGGAGUUGGACUCGGCUUAUCUCAAUUUUAAGGAUUUUUCUCACUCAAAUAAACCUUGUCGGAUUUGAUUGCCCGAGAAAAUGAAUGGUGGAGGCAGAGGUGGAUUUAAGGUGGAUUCAUCCCUGAGCCAGCACAAGGAAUGGGGAUUUUGGGGGAUAAUCGUAUCUACAAGCCGGGAGGGGAGGACGUCGCGGGCGCGAUGGCUUUCUUCCUCAAACCGCGGCCGCGCACGUGGGAUCUUGCCCUGGACUACCACACGGUAAAACAGUUUGAAGGUAACCAAAGGCAGCCGGAGAGGAGCAAAGCACCGAUUCCUGAUGUUUUCUGGGCUGCAUCAAUGGACGUGACUCUGGAUCCAGCCACGGCGGGUCCCGAGGUGAUCCUCUCCGAGGACCUCAAAGAGGCCACCUGGGGUAGACCUGGACGCCGGUGGCCUGAGGGUCCGGGCCGGUUCGACACGGAUCCGUGCAUGUUGGGCAGCGAGGGCUUUACCUCGGGCCGUCACUACUGGGAGGUGGAGGCGAACGGGCGCUUCUGGGCCGUUGGGGUGGCCCGCGAGUCGGUUCAGAGGAAAGGCCGGGUCCUCUUCAAGCCCAACGCUGAGAUUUGGGGCUUGCAGAAGUACGACGAGCUCUGCGUGGCCCUCACGGCUCCUUCCAACACCUCCGUCCCGCUCCUCAACGGGGAGAUCGGGGUCUACCUGGACUACGAGGUGGGACAGGUCUCCUUCUACGCCGUCGGCAGCCGCCAACUCAUCUUCACCUUCCCUGUGGCCUCCUUCAGUGGAGAGAGGGUCUUCCCCUACUUCUGCGUGCUCCUUUCCACCAUCAAACUGAUGUCCCCCAUGUCCCCCAAGGGUUGAUGUGCCGGCAGGGUCCCCCCGAAGCUGGUUGCUCCACGGCGGUUGGAAACGCUCCUUGAUGUUCCUCAACUCUUAUGUACCAGGUCUCGGAGCCAUUUCCACCUCGGCUCACGGUCCUACCUCCAUCUUAGACGUCUCCGUUUUGGGUGACAUCCAGUGGGUUUCGGGUCCGAGCUCGGUGCGGCUCGGCUCGGCCGGAAACCCCUGGUGUUUAAUUCAUCCAAAGCUCGUUAAGGGGAGCUGGGCUUCACCGAGCUGGUUUUGAGCUGAAAACUUGGGUUUUCCUCCCAAACUCGGCCCCCCUCUCAACGUUUCUUUUACUGACCUCGCUGCCCGUCGCUGCCCGGGCUUCCAACCUGAAUUAAAAAAAAAAUCUUAAUUU